GUUAGGUUAUAAUUACAUUAACCUAAUUUAAACAUCAUUUUAUGUUUAUUACCAAAUAAAAUUAAAAGCAAUUGAACGUUUAACAAAAGUGCUUUUAUUAAAACGAAAUGGAUACUUACGAUAUAUUUAAAAAAUUAUCAAGAGGAGCAAAAUUUAAGAGGAAAGAAAAACGGAACAUUCUACUGAUUAACUCUGAUGCAGAUAAACUAAAUAAAUUACCAAACACGAAUAUAGCUGAAAACAAACUUCAAGAAGUUAAAAUGGAACAAGUUAAUGAAAAUUUUGAAGAGCAUGAUCAAUUGGCUGGUUACGAAAUAACAUUACUUGGAAACAUGAAGGCCGACGAGACCGGAAAAAAAUCAAAGAAAAGAAAACUGGCAAAUGGUAAAAAUGAUGAACAAAAGCGAGUACUUCUUGAACAAGAAAAAGUAAAUCAUUUUCGUAAUCUCCACAACAUUAAUGUUGUUGGGAAAAAUAUUCCAAAUCCCAUAAUUUCUUUUGAUGAUAUCCCAAUCAAACAAGACUUGAAAGAUAAUAUUAAAACAUGUGGAUAUUACACACCAACUCCUAUUCAGAUGCAAACAAUUCCUACUAUGAUGGAAAAUCGCCAAGUACUAGCUUGUGCACCCACAGGUUCUGGCAAGACUGCUGCAUUUCUAUUGCCAAUAAUAUAUCAACUGCAGGGCCCUCAAAAGAAAGGUUUCAGAACAGUAAUAGUUUGCCCUACCAGAGAAUUAGCCAAGCAAACACAAAGAGAAUGUGAGAGACUUGCAGAAGGGAGAGGUCUACGUAUUCAUGUUAUUAAUAAAAUUAGUAAAGCUGUAGAGCAAUUUGGUCCUAACAGCUCCAAAAAAUUUGAUAUACUGGUAACGACGCCGAAUAGAUUGUGCUAUUUAUUAAAACAAGAACCCCCCAUUUCACUGGAAAAUGUGGAAUGGUUAAUUAUAGAUGAAGCAGAUAAAUUAUUUGAAUCUGGAAUACAUAGUUUCCGAAAACAAUUGGAACAAAUACUGGUAGCAUGCAAUAAUGGACGUAGAAAAAUUGCAAUGUUCAGUGCUACUCACACUCCCGUAAUUGCAAAAUGGUGUGUCCACAAUAUGAAAGGUCUAGUUAGAAUUACUGUUGGACAAAGAAAUGCUGCAACUGACACAGUAGAACAAGAAUUGCUUUUUGUUGGAUCUGAAUCUGGAAAAUUGUUAGCAUUUAGAGACUUGAUAAGAAAAGGCCUCACUCCACCAGUUCUAGUUUUUGUUCAAAGCAAAGACAGAGCCCAACAACUCUUUUCUGAACUUAUUUAUGAUGGAAUCAAUGUUGAUGCUAUUCAUGCUGAUAGAACUCAAACGCAGAGGGAUAAUACUGUAAGAUGUUUCCGUGAAGGAAAAAUCUGGGUAUUAAUUUGUACUGAAUUAAUGGCUAGAGGUAUAGAUUUCAAGGGAGUGAACCUGGUAAUAAACUAUGACUUCCCCCCUUCUGCAAUUUCAUACGUUCAUCGUAUAGGUAGAGCAGGUCGUGCCGGUCGAAAAGGAAAAGCCAUAACAUUUUUCACCAUAGACGAUACCGUCAAUUUACGAAGUAUUGCACACAUAAUGAAGCAAUCAGGUUGUGAAGUUCCAGCUUACAUGUUAACAAUGAAAAAGCAAUCAAAAAAAGAAAAAAAGAAAAUGCUUUCUAGUGCACCUCUUCGUGAAGAUAUUACAACUAUACCAGAAUAUGAGCUGCAGAGAAGAGCGAAAAGAAGGAGGCGAAUGCAAAACGAUUUACAAUUAAAGCAAAGGAAAAUUAUAGAAAGAGACGAGCAAAUACUAAGAAGAAAGAAAAAGAUUAGGGAUAUGAUGAAAUUUUCUAAGAAAACAAAAAAGGUAAGUAAAAGAAAAGACGAAUUUAAGAAAGAUAACAAAAGUUGUAAAGUAAAAUAAUUUUUUUUUUCCAUUUUUUGUUUUAAUUGAAUAAAAAGUAUAUUUUACUAAAA